CACGCACUGCACAACCUAAAGUAUAUAUAUAAGAGCACUUCCUGGUCCUCCUUUGCCGCCGCCAAUUCCAUGACAUGAAUAUGGAGAGGGACACAGAGAAGUGUAAGAGUGGCGAAAAGUUAUACAAAGGGGUUCGGAAGAGAAAGUGGGGUAAAUGGGUUUCUGAAAUCAGACUCCCGAAUAGCCGUGAACGAAUAUGGCUAGGGUCUUAUGAUUCUCCUGAAAAAGCAGCACGAGCCUUCGACGCUGCUCUUUUCUGUCUACGUGGUCGCCGCGCCAAUUUCAACUUCCCCAACACUCCUUGCAAUGUGCCUCUGCCUGUGCCUUCUCACCACUCUCUCACCCCACAUCAGAUUCAAGAGGUUGCUGCUAAGUUUGCAAACGAGGACCCAUUGCUACUAAAAAACCCUCUUGCACAAGAAUCUCAUGCUGAUGUUGAUGCUUCUGCUGCUGCUGCUGCUGCUGCUGCUGGAAAUUCUUCAUCAUUUGGAGGGAAGUUGUGUAAAUCUGACAGCACAGCGGAGUGUAGUUCCAGUACUGUGCAUGAAUGUGAUGGCAGGGUGGAGGUGGAGCAUGGGGACAUGGAUUGGACAUUCUUGAAAGAGUUUGAUUACUCCAAUGAUGUUUUCCCUGUUGUUGGAUCCGACUAUGAUCUCUACUUUGACCUACACAACAUGCACUCCACUUCAGGUGAGUUAUUGUAUUCCACUCCACCCCCACCUCCUUUUGAGGGUUAUCAAGAAUUCACUGAAGCCGAAGAAGACCCUUUUUCUCACCAAUCAUUCCUUUGGAAUUGGAACUUUUGAUCAUUACGUUGCUGCCGGAUAAUCAUAAAUAAACAUCCUUAGUCUUUGUAUAUAAAUAUAUAUGUAUGUCAUGUUUCUAAAUAACAGUAGCAGCAGGGACAGGAUAGGACAUGACACAGGCUUUGUCAGACC